CUGCGGGAAGUUACAAAAUCGCUAGGUCAGUACAAGGGCGCGAAGGGCCAGGGUUUCAUAACUUGGACACUGCGGUCCGGUUAUGAAACCAACACGCAGAAUGAUACGUAACGUAGAUAUAAAAAGACCUGGCGAUGUAAAUAGAAGCAGCGAAACGUUACGUGGGAACUUGAAGGAAUGAAAACCUUCAAUCUUCGCCGGGUUGUCGCAGUUGGUCUGGCUGGAAUCUGCUUGGCAACAUUACGACGCUGUGUCUUGCACCUGCAGUAUUCAACCACCACACAGAUUACUGGCGGAUCUGGAAACUGCGAACACGAUAAGAAGAUGGCACAAUCUGAAUCACUGUGGGGAAUGGUUGUUGGCGAUGCACUCAGUAUGCCUGUCCAUUGGUAUUACGAUCCAGAUGAUAUCAGACGUGACUACGGGGACUGGCUGAGUGGUUUUGUAGCACCCAAGACCAGACAUCCAUCCAGCAUCUUGACAAUCUCUGCUGUUGGUGGUGCUGGUCGCAGUGGGUAUGGCAGUGGUUCUGACCCCGUCAUUGGAUCCGUCAUUCUUCAUGAUAAACUCAAAUACUGGCAGAGUAACCAGAGAUCCAUUCACUACCAUCAAGGAAUGAAAGCUGGUGACAGUACACUAAAUGCACUAGUCGCUGGUCUGACGGCACAGACGCUAGCGAGUGAAUAUCAAGACCAACAACCCAUGGAUGAUGGCGCUUAUGGGGCAAUAUUUGCAGCGUACGUGAAAUUUAUGACAACUCCGGGAUCGCAUGGUGACACGUAUGCCGAGUCCUUCCAUAGGGAGUUCUUCAGAGACUGGUUGACAGCUGGAUCGCCAGUAGUAUCAGAGGAGGUGUUAGCGUUUGCCGAGUCAAGAUCGAAGAAGUUAACGUCAAGUCAUGUGGAUCACAACAUUGAUAGCAUUGGUGCAUUGGUGAUGCCGAUAUCUGUCAUUUUACACUGUGCUAAUCUCUCAACUACCGAGGCCGUCAAGCAUGCAGUACGACUCGUCAAUCUGACUCACUGCUCACUAAGCCUGGUUCCCUUUGUGGAGCUGUACGCUACCACACUUCAUAGCGUGGUGAAUGGCGCAAGUCUCCGCGAGAAGGCCCAGGCGGCAUUGGAGUCACCACUCUUAGGUGGCAGUAACACAUGGAAACGGGUCAAGAAAUAUUCACAACUUGCAGCCAGAUAUGCAGAAGGAUCUGAAGAAAGGUUACAAGUCUAUCAGGAGGCGGUAUCACAUUUUGGAUUAGCGUGUUACAUCAAAGGAGCCGUGACGUCCAUGUUCUUCCUUGCCUAUGAGUUUCAUGAUAAUUUUGAGGCAGGUGCUUUAACAAAUACAAACUGUGGAGGAGAAAACUGUCAUCGUGGUGCAGCUCUAGGGGCUCUCCUGGGUGCAGAGGCUGGACGCAAUGGACGGGAGAUUCCACAACAAUUCAAGUCUGGUAUCCACAGCGCUCAGGAAACGAUACAAGAUGUUAUAGAAGCAUGGAAAUAAUUGGUGGAGUGCGACUUGUAAAUUGCAAUCUGAGGAAUUCAAAUGCAGAAUAUUAAGGACAGGCUUUUGGGAUACGCCCUUGAUAAGUCACUGGAAGUUAUUUAUAGAUACUUUGUUAAAAAAAAACCUGAGAACUUACCAUUAUUUUUAUCAGCAGUUGCAAAAUAAUCUCACCUGUAAAGUGCCCAUGCAAUGUGAAUCUUUAAUGCAAUCCUUGAAAAUGCACCUUUCUGUCCCAUGUAAUCAUUUUCCCCUCAAUUUUCACGUUGCUAUUUUCAAGGGUAUUUUGGUACCUUUUUUUUGUUUUUAUGCUAAUGCAAAUGUCCAUAUUCAUGAGCAAAAGUGUGAUGUCAUUUCAGAAACCUCAAUGUUACAGCUAUUUUAGCAUUGAAAGUUGCCAGAAUUUCAGCUAUUUCGCUGCCAUAAACUUUGUUUUCUUUGGUGAUUUGUUGUGUAAGUACAUGGCAGUAAGCUAAUGAGCAAACUUUUCUCACAUGUUUCAUUGAGCAAAUUUGCGGGUUCACGAUAUGAACGGAAAACCCCCAAGUUGAACAGUGUCUUCCUAAAAAACAUCACAGCAACAACGUCCUCAGUUGUCUGGAAAAGCAUGGAAACUACUAAAAUUAAUGUUUAAAGAAGUGGCACUUUUCAACAAAAUUAACUAAGGUCCAAUAGUUUUCAUAUAUACAUUUAAGAGGUGUAGAAAGUUGCACAAAAUGUGUUACAUUCAUGGACCCUUUAAUUUAAUGCAGAAAAGUGAAUGGACCUCAUUUGGAAAUACAUUGACCAUUAUGCAUAUUGGGAUGCAAUGAUUUUUAUCCUACUAGUUUUGUUUUUUGUCUUGUAUGUGCUGACCUUUCUGAAUUUAAAUGUUAACUAUAAGGCCGAGUAAAAAAAACAAACAAAUACUUUUUCGUCCUGGCUGUUUGAAAGACUGAAGGAGGCAGGUGCUUUUUUUGCAAGAUGGCAGACUUUCAAGAUGGCGGAUGGAUUCUUCCAUUUUCUUGACUCUUUUGCUUGUACAAAAUUGUGUCCAAAGGAACCGUAACCCUUUCUACAUGGCUACAAUUUUGUUGGAGAAAUAUUAAUGUCUCCAACAAACAUGUCUUUAAAAUGUUGAGUAUUCAAAACUUUUUCAUAGCAAGUUUUGUUUAAUUUGUUUGUUUCCAUUUUUUUUAUAUAUAUUGAGACUUUAAAAAAUUUGGACUAGUUAUAUGAAACAAUGGUAGAUUGAAUACUGAUAAGAUAAAAACAUACGUUUUAUGGGAAUGAAUAUGUUAAUGAGGUAAUAAAACGUUAAACAAUGUUUUAAAUUA